AUGAAUACUCUUAAUGAUUAUGAAAUUAUAGAGAAAUUAGGAUCUGGUUCUUAUGGAGAUGUAAUGUUAGCAAAAUGCAAAGCAAAUGGAUAAUUAGUAGCAAUAAAAGCUAUGGAGAAAAGAUUGCUUAUUAAGGUUGAUAAUGUAACAAUAGACUAGGAAAAAAAACAAUAUUAAGUUUUUAUUGAGAAGGAGGUGUUGUCAAGGGUUAAACAUCCUGGUUUGAUUAAUAUGAUAGCUAGUUUUCAAAGUUCAGCAUAAAUAUACCUAGUCUUAGAGUUUAUGGAAGGAGGAGAUUUUGCUAAUUUCUUAAAAAUAAAUAGUAAUGGCAAAUUGUGAUUUUAGGAAACAUGUCUUAUAAUUCUAUAGUAUUUUAUACUGCAGAAAUUGUAACAAUAUUGGAACAAUUGCAUUCUAAUGGGAUUGCGCAUAGAGAUGUGAAAGUAAUAAAUUUUAGAUGAUGUUAAAGCCAGAAAACAUAAUGGUCGCAAAUAAUUUACAUAUAAAAAUGAUAGAUUUUGGAACAGCUAGCUUUUUCGAUGAGCAUAAUUUACCAGAUAAUGUUCGCGAUAAAUUGAAUGAAUUAAGAGAGAUUAGCAAAUAAGAUGAAAGAUUUUUAGACGAAAUAGACUAAUACCAAUAGAAACAUAAGGCUACCUUUGUGGGAACGGCAGAAUACGUAUCACCAGAACUUUUGGAAGAUGAUAUUUGUGGUCCAUAAGCAGAUCUAUGGGCUUUGGGCUGCAUAAUUUAUAAAAUGUUCACUGGAACAACUCCUUUUUGUGAUUAGACAGAAUAUUUAGUGUUUUAGAAGGUUCGAUCUUGUCAGUAUCCUAAAAAUAAUAAAAUUCCUUAAGAUGGAAUGGAUUUAAUAAGUAAAUUGUUAGUCAGAGAUCCAUUAAGCAGAUUAGGAGGAGGAUUACUCAGUAAUUUGAUUCUGCUAUUAUUAGAUUCUAAAAACACAUAUAGAGAACUAAAGAGUCAUCCGUUCUUUAAGGAUAUCAACUGGCAACAGUUGUGGAAUCAAAAAGGACCUGACGAUGUUUAAAUACAUUUAAAAAAGAUAUCAACUUAGGAAUUCGCUCAAAAAAAGCCAAGUACCACUUUGAAACCAGAAGUAGUGAUAACUGGUUUAGUUAAUAAGAAAACAGGUUGGAUAUUCUGAUAUAUUUAGGUUGGAUGAUUUAUAAAUUAAGAAAUAUGAUUUUGUAUGAUUUCGAAAUUCCUAAAUUAGAAUAUUUCGAUCCUAAUACUGGAUUAAAAAAGGUAUAAAGAAUCUUUUAUAGCUUUACAAAAGGGUUAGAUUAUUUUAGACAAAUUUGUAACAAUAGAAUUAUUGAAAGGUUAAUUUAACAUUGAUGUACCUAGUAAAAAGAAGUACUAUUUUAAAGUAAAUUAAAUAAUAUAAUAAAGGAAUGUGAACAUCCAGCUUAAUUAUGGGUUGACAAAAUUAAAGAAGUGAUGAAAAGAAGAUUGAAUUGCGAUUGA